CUCUCUCUCUGCCUCUCUCUCCCAGAAUCACUGCGUUUUCGCCAUUGUUGGCGUUCAAAGUUUCCUUCUUUUUCUCUCUGUGGGUGGGGGAAGAAAUAAGGGGGGAAAAGGAAAGAGCUGUCACUUGUAGUUCAAUGCUUUCUGCUAAUAGAUUGUGCGUAAUGACUCCCCCGUAACCGACGAAGGGGAAAUGCCCUCGCUUCCCGAAAAUUUGAAUGCUUGCGCUCUACUCCCCGACCCAUCUUCUUGAGUGCGAGCCAAGAACCGGAGGGAGCGACCCCGAAGACAAGAAGAAGAGGUGGGAAGGAGGAAAAGAAUAGUGGGUCUUCUCCUUUCGACCUGCGCCAUUCGAACGCCCCCGCAAAGGGGCUUGGUGCUGGCGAUGAGGGGGGGUGAUGCGGAGAGAACCUGACUUGGGUUUUUGAGAUCUGGCUUUGUGUGUCGGAUCUUGGGCGGGUUCGGGGACGACCCGUCGUGUGUUGAAUGUCUCCGGAGCUGUUUCUUGCUAUUAGGGUUUUGCUCGCGUCUCCGCCAUGACUACUAAGCGCGCUUACAAGCUGCAGGAAUUUGUAGCGCAUUCUGCAGCAGUCAAUUGCCUCAAAAUCGGGAGGAAGUCAUCGAGGGUUCUGGUCACCGGCGGAGAAGAUCAUAAAGUCAAUCUCUGGGCUAUUGGAAAACCCAAUGCCAUACUGAGCUUGUCUGGACAUAGCAGUGGAAUCGAUUCAGUGAGUUUUGAUUCUUCGGAGGUGGUUGUAGCUGCGGGAGCAGCAAGUGGUACAAUCAAGCUUUGGGAUUUAGAAGAGGCAAAGAUUGUUCGGACUCUUACUGGUCAUAGAUCUAAUUGCAUAUCAGUGGACUUCCAUCCUUUUGGGGAGUUCUUUGCAUCUGGUUCUCUUGACACGAACUUAAAAAUAUGGGAUAUCAGGAAAAAGGGGUGUAUCCACACUUACAAAGGCCACACUCGCGGGGUCAAUGCAAUUAGGUUUACUCCUGAUGGUCGUUGGGUAGUUUCUGGUGGAGAGGACAACACUGUGAAGCUCUGGGAUCUGACGGCUGGAAAGCUAUUACAUGAUUUUAAGUUUCAUGAGGGCCAAGUUCAGUGUAUAGAUUUCCAUCCCCAUGAGUUUUUACUGGCAACAGGUUCCGCUGAUAGGACUGUAAAAUUUUGGGACCUCGAGACCUUUGAACUGAUUGGUUCCAGCGGACCCGAGAGCACUGGAGUACGUUGUUUGACAUUCAAUCCUGAUGGAAGGACCCUCCUUUGUGGAUUGCAUGAAAAUCUUAAGGUUCUUUCCUGGGAACCAAUACUGUGCCAUGACACCGUAGAUGUAGGAUGGUCCAGAUUGUCAGACCUUAAUGUGCACGAGGGAAAGCUUCUCGGCUGCUCAUUUAAUCAAAGUUGUGUUGGUGUUUGGGUUGUUGACAUCUCGCGCCUAGAGCCGUAUGCUGUUGGCAAUAACCGAUUUAAAGUACCUCCUGAAUCUAAAGCUCCUACAGUUGGGAAUCUCUCUGUACUGAAUGAGAAUACUGUUAAGGCCAGUUCAGGGAGGUUAUCAGUUUCCCAAAUUUCAGAUUCUUUAGUGAAGGAAACAAAGUCCCUUGGGAGAUUGUCGGUUUCUCAAAAUUCAGACCCUGUUAAGGAGCAGAAAAGUUUGGCAUCCACAGGAAGUGUACCUGGUACUCCUCAAAGGGUCAAUGUAAAUGCUGGUUCAAAGGUGGCUCCAGCCACCUCAGUGACAGCUCAGAGCGCAGCAGCUGCAAGGAGGAAUACUGCGAAGGCCAAUGCUACAAUCGGUCUUCCUAGCUUCAGUAAAUCAGAUAUCGCACCCGUCAUUGUCCCUAGAACUGAUGCUAGAUCAGAACUGGCUGCUGAAUCCAAAAAAGAAGUUGAUCUUGCUUCAAGAACGAUGCCAUUUUCUUUGCAGUCAAAAUCAAUUGAAUUACGAAAGCUCUCAAAUGGCAGAGACGAAUUAGAUCAGCCAACGGUCUCAGGUCAAUCUGAAUUAGCUGGCCCAAAUCCCAGUUCAUCGGGCAACAUUGCAAAUAGGAACAUCUUCUCUGUAGUGAGAGCCCCAGCCCAAGGCUUGUCUACCGCUGAAAGAAACACAAUGGAUGAUUCGUCUGGUUUUCCAAGCAAGCACGACGCAAGUUCAGUAAUGGAUGCACCGGCUAAUUACCAGCGUGAAAAUUAUGAGUCUCGCAUGCAGAAAGCAAACAGAGCACAACUUUUUGCGGAUGGACAACGGGGAGGGCGAAUGCGUUCCCCUUUUGUUAAUUGGGAGAAAAGAGAGAAAAUUAAUAUUGAUGGACCUACACCCAGUAUUACCUCAAGAGCGGGGCCUGGUGUAAAUGGGCUGCCUUUUAGUAUGAGAGGACAUAGACCGUCUGCUGAGAAGGAAACAGUUUCUGCUAGUGAUGAGGAUGCCAUCGCAGAUGUGAUGGAGCGUCAUGACCAGUUUGUUGGCUCCAUGCAGUCUCGGUUAGCCAAGUUGCAGGUUGUCAAUGGAUUCUGGGGGAGAAAGGAUAUUAAAGGGGCUAUUGGUGCUAUGGAGAAGAUGGCUGAUAAUUCUGUGCUUGCUGAUGUAGUUAGUAUAGUGACAGAGAAAAUUGACAUGGUUACUCUGGAUAUUUUCACUUGUCUUUUGCCCCUUCUGAAUGGACUUCUCGAGAGUGACCUGGAUAGGUAUUUGAGCAUCUCUUUGGACAUACUUCUCAAACUGGUCAGAGUAUUCGGUUCCAUGGUUUAUUCAGCAGUAUUGGCAUCGACACCGGUUGGUGUUGAUAUUGAAGCCGAACAAAGGUUGGAACGUUAUAACCUCUGCUACAUUGAGCUUGAAAGAGUUAAACGCUGCUUGCCUGCUCUUACCAGAAGAGGGGGAUCUGUUGCAAAGUCCGCGCAUGAGUUGAGUCUAGCUCUUGAAGCUGUUUGACGAAUGCAGAUCAGCCGAGUAGAUUUUCACUCACGGGCUUUAUGUAGGAUACAUUCCCCAUGUAUCUUGAAGCAAGUGAAUCUGAUUCUUCCAAGGGAUUGAUCACCUCAUGGUCAAGCAGCGGGUACGGGUCGAUGAUACUUAUUUGCCCAUUUCACAGUGCAUAUACGAAUGUGGAAGCAUUAACCUCACUCUAAUAUAACUACCUUAACUGGAGUGGAUGGCCAAGUACUUUCGCACAAGUGCCUGGUGGUUUUUGCGCCGGCACAUCGUGGCUAGUGGAUGUGCUUUGGCAGUGAAGACAAGCAGUCAAUAUUCACACUAACCCAUCGUGAAGCUCAGUUUGUAAGUUUUAGCCACGAGUGAGCGUGUAUUUAUUUCGAUUCUUUUUUUUUUUUGGGAUACGGAAUCACAAAAUUGUCAAAUGAUCAUUUGUUGGAAGACGUUCAAUUGUUAAAAAGUUGCAUUAUGAAUCCAUCUGUCGAAUA